GCUGAGAGGAGGAGGAGGAGGAGGAGGAGGAGCAGAGUGGAGGGAUGAAGGAGAGGAGAGGUGUUUGGAGAGAGGCUCAGGUGUGCGUGACUGGAAAACGGUGGAAGCUCAUAGCGAACAGGUUCAGCUGCUUUGGGCUGUUUGACAUUGGCCCGCUUCUCCCCUCUGAAGCAGAGGCGCGCAUCACCAGGCAGGACCGUGCAGCUGAUUUCAGACAGACAUGUAGGUCUCCAUAAGGUUGAUGUGAACAUGUCUGUCCUUCACCCUUUACUCUGGAAACCAAAUCAGUCAUGUAACAGGAAUGUCCUGGAGUGGUUUCACCCAACAAGACUUUGCCCAGAUUUUCUUUUGAAUUUCCCAGGUUGCAUUUCUGCACCUGUCUCAUCCGUCCCUCCUUGACAUCUGAAGGAAAAAGAAGCAAGUUGAGGAGGAUUAUACUAAAACCUUUUGUUGUUUGUUGACUUUACAAAUUCUCCACCGUGACAAGCUCUUGUCAUGGGUGGGGGAAGGGUCUCUGGAGCAAGUAGCACCCUGUGACAGCUCUGCACAGCAAACCCAAGACCUAGUUUAUCUUUUUCACAUCAUCGGACCAAGAUGAUGCUUCUGCUGCUGCUAGUUUUGUCCAUCUGGGUGAGGUCUGAUCGAGCCGAUUCUACUCAGUCCAGUGAACGCAGAGUUGUAGCACACAUGCCUGGUGACAUCAUCAUUGGAGCAUUGUUCUCCGUCCAUCACCAGCCUCCAGCUGACAAGGUGCAUGAGCGUAAAUGUGGUGCUGUACGAGAGCAGUAUGGCAUCCAGAGGGUGGAGGCCAUGAUGCACACGUUGGACCGGAUCAACGCCGACCAGCAAAUCCUUCCCAACAUCACCCUGGGCUGCGAGAUCCGCGACUCCUGUUGGCACUCAGCUGUAGCUCUGGAGCAGAGCAUCGAGUUCAUUCGGGAUUCUCUGGUCUCAUCUGAUGAAGCUGAGGAGUGGGGUGGGUUGAGUUCUUGGGGAGGAGGAGGAGGAGGAGGAGGCGGAGGAGCGACGAUGAAGUGUGCAGAUCCAUCUGCUACUCCAAUGCGAGGAAAGAAACCUAUAGUGGGUUUAAUUGGACCGGGGUCAAGCUCAGUGGCCAUCCAGGUCCAGAAUCUGCUACAGCUCUUCAACAUACCACAGAUCGCCUACUCCGCCACCAGUAUGGACCUCAGUGAUAAGAGUCUUUACAAAUAUUUUAUGCGGGUGGUGCCUUCAGACGCCCAGCAGGCGCGGGCUAUGGUGGACAUUGUCAAAAGAUACAACUGGAGCUACGUGUCUGCUAUCCACACUGAAGGCAACUAUGGGGAAAGUGGAAUGGAGGCUUUUAAAGACAUGGCAGCCAAGGAGGGCAUCUGUAUCGCCCACUCAGGCAAAAUCUGGAGCAACGCUGGAGAGCAGAGCUUUGAUCGUCUGCUGGAGAGACUGAGGGCACACCUGCCCAAGGCCAGAGUAGUGGCAUGUUUUUGUGAAGGCAUGACUGUUCGCAACAUCCUCAUGGCUAUGAGACGUCAGGGACUGGUUGGAGAGUUCCUCCUGGUUGGCAGCGACGGAUGGGCGGACAGGUAUGAUGUGACAGAUGGCUAUGUCAGGGAAGCGGCCGGGGGUAUUACCAUCAAGCUGCAGUCAGCUGACGUGAAAUGGUUUGAUGAUUACUACCUUAAGCUCCGUCCUGAAAACAACCACAGGAACCCUUGGUUUACAGAGUUCUGGCAGCACCGUUUUCACUGUCGACUGAAAGGUCAUCCAGGGGAGAGCAGCAAGUACAACCGCACUUGUGGAAAGCGGGAGUCCCUUCGCCAGCAGUAUGCCCAGGACACCAAGAUGGGGUUUGUUAUAAAUGCAAUCUACUCCAUGGCAUACGGCCUGCAUAACAUGCAGCGUUCUCUUUGUCCGGGCUAUCAGGGCCUUUGUGAUGCCAUGCGACCAAUAGAUGGUGCAAGGCUGCUGGACUUCCUGAUGAAAACCAACUUCACAGGCGUAUCAGGAGAGGGGAUCUUAUUUGAUGAAAACGGAGACUCGCCUGGAAGGUAUGAAAUCAUGAACUUCAAAAAGAUGGGGAAGGACUACUAUGACUACAUAAACGUUGGCAGUUGGGACAACAGUGGCUUGAAGAUAGAUGAUGAUGAGAUCUGGGCUAGCAAAGACACCAUCAUUAAGUCAGUCUGCAGUGAGCCCUGUGACAAAGGUCAGAUUAAGGUGAUCCGUAAGGGAGAAGUGAGCUGCUGCUGGACGUGCACUCCCUGCAAGGAAAAUGAAUUUGUGUUUGAUGAAUACACCUGCCGUGCCUGUGAGCUAGGCUCCUGGCCUACUGAUGACCUUACAGGCUGUGACCCAAUACCAGUGGAGUACCUGCGGUGGGGAGACCCUGAACCCAUUGCUGCUGUGGUUUUUGCCUGCCUUGGUCUAAUGUCAACAUUCUUCGUCACUGCAGUCUUCAUCCAUUUUCGGGACACUCCUGUGGUGAAAUCCUCCAGCAGGGAGCUGUGUUAUAUCAUCCUAGCCGGGAUCUGUCUGGGAUACCUAUGCACCUUUAGCCUCAUAGCAAAACCUCACGUUAUCCACUGCUACCUCCAACGUCUGGGAAUCGGGCUGUCACCUGCCAUGAGUUACUCUGCACUCGUCACCAAGACAAACCGCAUUGCUCGGAUCCUGGCAGGAAGUAAGAAGAAGAUCUGUACAAAGAAGCCUCGCUUCAUGUCUGCCUGUGCUCAGCUCAUCAUCGCCUUCCUCCUCAUCCUGCUGCAGUUGGGAAUCAUUGUGGCUCUUUUCCUAAUGGAGCCACCAGAGGUGAUCCAUGACUACCCCAGCAUCCGCCAGGUCAAUCUCAUCUGUAACACCACUAACCUCGGAGUGGUAGCCCCGCUGGGAUACAAUGGCCUGCUCAUCCUCAGCUGCACCUUUUAUGCCUUCAAGACCCGCAACGUCCCGGCUAAUUUCAACGAGGCCAAGUACAUUGCUUUUACUAUGUACACCACCUGCAUCAUCUGGCUGGCGUUCGUACCAAUCUACUUUGGUUCCAAUUAUAAAAUCAUUACUAUGUGCUUCAGCGUCAGCCUCAGUGCCACUGUGGCUUUGUGCUGCAUGUUUGUACCCAAGGUGUACAUUAUCCUGGCCAAACCAGAGCGUAAUGUGCGCAGUGCCUUCACCACCAGCACAGUGGUGCGCAUGCAUGUGGGUGACGGCAAAUCGUCUUCAGCUGCCAGCCGCUCUUCUAGCUUGGUUAACUUGUGGAAACGCAGAGGCUCUACUGCAGAGACGCUCAGCUCCAACGGCAAGUCGGUCUCCUGGGCACAGACUGAGCGCAGCAGUUCCCGCGGCAACCACCUAUGGCAGCGGCUGUCCUUCCAUAUCAAAAAGAAGGAGAACAAUCAGACUGCUGUGAUUAAACCCUUCUCCAAAACCUCUGAGGAGCGAUACUGCAGCGGAGCUGACUUACCACCACACGUCCCCCUGCCGUCCCUCUCCUCCAUGUCGUCCCUGCCCACUCACAUGGACAGCACCACAGAUAAGACUCUGUAUGAACUCUCAGAAGCAGAAGAGCACUACUCGGUCACGUACCAGCCGCAGACGCCUUCACCAAUCAGCACGGUCAGCCAGAGAAUAGGAGUAAGUUUGGGGGAGGAGUCUCAGAUGGCGGCUGUUCCACAAUAUUCCAGCAGCAUCUGCAGCGGUGGUAGCGUCGCCAGCAGUUGUGGACCCCCCAGCAGCGGUUCUGUGGUGACCGGAAGUGACGGCCGUCUGGUUAUCAUGGAUGACCACCCCACACAGCCGCAGAGUUCGCUGAUGGAUCAGAUCAGCUGUGUGGUAAACCGCUUCACUGCCAACAUCUCAGAGUUAAACAGCAUGAUGCUGUCCACCUCUCCAUCACACUCACACAAACACACCCCUCCCUCUCCUCACCCCACUGACCCUUACCUGUUGCCUCGUGAGAUCCCGAUGCCCCCGACCCUCACCACCUUCGCUGACGUCCAGCCUAUCCCCCACAUGGAGACCAACCUGGCAAGCCGUGGCGGCUGUCCCAUCCACCCAAGUCCUCGUUCACCUUACCCCCUGCCGCCCCCUCACCCCCACACCUCCCCAUCUCUCUCCCCCAUGCGAGGAAACUUGGCCACCUGCCUCACCGACUCCCCACUGAUCAGGGCAGAACUGGAGGAAGAGCUCAUCGCUCUAACUCCCCCGUCACCCUUCCGUGACUCCCUGGCAUCCAGCAGUAGUUCCACCUCAGAGAUGGGUUUUUUUGUUCCUCCUGUCCCAUCCCAUCCUCCUCCCUCUCCCCCGUCACCCAGGUACACCAAACUGACUCUCAGAAACUACAGUCAGAGUUCAUCCUCACUGUGAGGCAGAGGAAAUGAGCCAAGCGGAGCGCAAAGAGAACAGAACAGACUGAAAUCCAUUCAUCGUCGUUUGGAGUCAAAGUAGACGUAGAGGGCUGAUUGGUGAAGACACCAAGCUGUUUUUGUGUUUACAUGUUUACAGUGAGAUGCAAGCAGAAGACGCUUGCCAGUGUCGUAUUUUCUUGCCCUCUCUCACAAGAGAGGAUGAAAGAUGGUGGCCAUGGCUCUGGGAACAGAGACCAUUCCUGACAGCUUAAGUCUCUGGCAUGAAUUAGGUUGAACUAGUGGCCUUAAGGUAACCCAGCUGUCAACUAAUUAGAGAUGUGCGAGCAGUGAAGGGCAUGAGUGUAUUUCUGAAAGUGAUGGGAAUCAUGACAGUGGGGAGUAUAAAUAAGAGAGGACUCCUAUAGCCUGUGAGCACUACACACAAGCUAAGAAGGGCACAUGUGGUAUAAAUUUGCUCACAGACGCACACACAACACUGACAUGUGAGCACACCCAUUCAAAGACGGUGUGUG